AUGCCUGGUCAAUGCCCGCCCUGCCUUCCAGCGCGGGAGAAUGUUAAGGAUACGUGCAUGGAUCCGCAAUAUAUCCCGGGCGGUGACUACACCAUAGCGCAGAUUAAUGAAGGAUCCCUCGAAUUCCAAGUCUCUGAAGCAUGGACACUCAUCCUGAGAGAUGCCUUCAGUAUCUAUGAAGGCUUCAGGGUCGACUAUGAAGCCGACAUCCACGGCCGAAGGAUCGAUAUGGAGGUUUGCCACAUGAAUAACCAUCGUAUGCUCAACUUCCUUGGUCUUGUCCUCAAGCGGUACGCAUACUUGAACUCGACCCACCCACUGGACGAUGCCGAAACUGAGUUGAAAAGCACUUGGAAUCUCUGGGCAUCACACAGGAGGGUAGGCUUUGGGGAGCGCUAUGUAUUGGCAAGAGGGUUAAGUUUUACUAAUACAACAAGGAAAGCGGCAAUGCUAGACUCUUGGCGUUACAUGAUGGCAUGUUGCAAAUUGAUCGACAGCCCCAGACGAUGGGAAGGUCAUGCCCAAUGCAUGGGACCGCAAAACCUAUGGGUGGCAAAGUGCGACAAUUACUUUGAACGGCCCUCUGCAGAAGCAGGACUUGAUCAAUUUGCCUGCAAAUUGGCUGGUUAUCUCGGACUUGAGAUCCCCUUUCAUCGAAGAGUAUCGCAAGCGUUGCGGGUCUCACCGGUAAUACAAAAUCGAAAACUUUUCCAACAUAUAGGACGUGUGGUAUACGUCACUAGAGCUUUCAAGGCACUGCCCAUUCCCCCAAGCCUGGACUCGCCAGUUGACUCGGGACUCAUCGAGAUCAUGGUAAUCCCAUUGGUGGAAGCCUUCAUUGUCGGCAAAGAAAGUCCUACAUGA